AACUGCGGCUAGCUAGUGUUAGGCGACAGCCACAAGUCAGCGCCGUCAUUUAAUUCAUAGAUUAGGUCACAAAAAACAGCACAAUUGCAUAAUUUCGCUGUGACUAACUAGUGGGUACGGCGAAAUACUUAUAAUUACAGACAGGCUUUGCAAUAAACACAUUUUCCGCGACGUAUAGCAAUCAGGAUACCUUUACCUAAAUAGCCUGUUGUUAGCAUCGCCAAGCUAUUAUAAACACAAUGAGUUUAGCAGUUCACCGAGAGCCCAGGAAGACAGCAGGGAAUCGCAUGUCAAAGUUGCUGGAUGCCGAAGAGGAGGACGAGUUCUACAAGACGACUUACGGAGGCUUCAACGAUGAAUCGGGAGACGACGAGUACCACGGAGAACACUCAGACACGGAGGAUGAGGUGGACAGCGAUUUUGACAUCGACGAGGGGGACGAGCCCGACAGCGACCAGGAGGAAGAUGCGCCUCGGCGGAAAAGUCGAGUUGUUACUAAAGCGUAUAAGGAACCUGUCAAAGUUGCCAAGCCUAAGCCGAAGCCCAAAAGACCCUCAGAGGAGACAAAGAAGACGGAGAAAACCAAAGUGGAGCUCAAACGGAGGAUUCCGCAAGAAUUUCAAGACUUUGGCGAGACCCGGAAGUCCGUGCGACAGUCCACCAGUGAACACACCCGCAAGACCAAUCUGCGCCUGCAGGAGCGCCAGGAUGCCCCUCGGCGCAGGAGGGGGGCCCACCGAGACCGACCUCUGACGCAAGAGGAGCUGCUGGCCGAGGCCAAGCUCACAGCUGAGCUCAACAUUCGAUCACUGGAAAACUACGAGCGCCUGGAAGCGGACAAGAAGAAACAGGUGCACAAGAAGCGUCGCUUCGAGGGUCCCACCAUCCGUUACCAUUCUGUCCUCAUGCCGCUUGUCUCGCCAUCGCUUCCCAAAGAAGAGAACGUGGACGUGGAAGGGUUGGACCAGGAUGUCCCUCAGACCGCUUCCGCGAAUCCGGCCACGCCUUCCCAGCAGCCCGCCGGCGGCCUCUGCUCGCGCACUUAUGUGACCUUCAGCGACGACGAAGCCUUCGAGGCCGCCUUCCCGCACGGAGCCCCGGCGGCACCCCAGGUACCCGUGCAGGAAAUCUGCCCCGUCACCCACAAGGCGGCGCUGUACCGCGACCCGGUCACCGACAUCCCUUACGCCAACUCGCGAGCCUUCCGCAUCAUCCGGGAGGCGUACCGUAAGUACGUGGCCGCUCAUGGGUUCCCAAACAUGUCAGGGGGAAUGGCGGGGCAUGACUCGGCUUCGAGGGGAGCACGCCACAAGAUGGCGGUCAAACAGAGCACCGUCUCUUCGUAGACGCCGGUAAACUAAAAAGGGAUAAAAACUCCAGACUGGAAUCUCCACCAUCAUUCCGUAGAUUGAUUUCUAGAACUGCUAAUCCACAUUGAGUGGAUUAAGUAAUGACUUUGGACUUUUUUUGCUUUGUUUUUUCAUGUUUUGCCCUUUUGUACUGUGAAAAUAUGACCUGUUUAUAUGAUUUCUAAAACUAAUAAAAUACAAA